AUGGAACAGGAAGUUGACGGUGGCAAAAACAUGGUGGCACAAGAGCACAACAAUGGCAGCCUCUCCCGUGCAAACCCGAAAAGGCUCCGAUCGAAGGCGUGGGAAGAUUUCACACCAAUCUACGUUGGCGGGAAGGUCGCGAAGGCUGAGUGCAUGCAUUGCCACCUGGUCUUCAAUAGCAACAGCACAAAUGGCACUAGCAACCUGCUUAAGCACCAAGCCAUGUGCGGCCCCCGGGCCCAGAAGAGGCCAAUGCAACGGAAGAGUACAGCAUCAGCUGGCUCUGAUCCGACACAGAAGAAGUUAUCGUUCUUUCCCACCAGCCAGAAGAAAUGCUUGGGCACAGCAGAUGCAAGGCCUGAGAAGAAGGAUCUUGUUUUGCUUCGCAGUGACACUAAUCGGAUGAGCCAAGAGGGUAAUCACAAUGGGUCUCACGAGGAACUUGGAUCGCCUGGGCAGAAUGAUCUUUCCUUGCCUGAUGUUCCCACCGACACGAAAACAAAGAGUCAACAAGUUGAUCAAAAUGGGUCUCAUGACGAACUAGCUACAGCUGAGCAGGAGAAUGAUGCCUUCCCUGACAAUCCCAUCAACAAGAAUGUAAAGAAUCAGUCCCAUGAGGAACUUGCAUUGCCUGAACACAAGGCCAUUCCUACAGCCACGAAACAGAAGAAUCAGGAUGUUGGUCAGGACGGAUCCCAUGGCGAGCUUGUUAGGAAAUUGGCCUUGCACGGUUACCUGCCCUUGAUGAUGGACCAUGGAGGACUCAGGAAGUCUGUGGAUUUCUUGAAUCCUGUGGUCAAGAUGCCAUCCUAUGCUGACUUGAUAUCUACAUUUUUGGAUUUGUUCGACGGUGAAAAGGCCAAGCUGAAGGAGAAGUUUGCAGCCCUUCGCAGUCGGGUAUGCUUGAGUGUUUACGUUUGGCACUAUGAUCCACUCUCGGCAUUCUUGUGCUUGAGUGUUCAUUACAUUGAUGAUGAAUGGGAGAGGCAACAAAAGAUCGUCACAUUUCGUGCCAUGGAUACUAUCUGCAAUGCAGAAGAACUGGGUGAAGCCAUAUUGCUGGCUAUCCGAGAUUGGGGUCUUUGUGGAAAAGUUUUUAGCAUUGUACUGGAUGAUGCAUUUAUUGAUGAUUCAGUGGCUUCAAGUGUCAAAGCACAGCUCAUGAAAGAUAACUCAACCUUUGCAAACCAGAGCCUGUUUGUGGUGCGUCGUGGAACUCAUUUACUUGAUCAGGUUAUUCAGGUGGGGCUGGAUGAACUUGAAAAAAUCAUGGAGAAAUCAGCGAACUGUUCUAAACCUAUGAUGGGUCCUAAGUCGUCUGCAGUGCGGUAUCCCAACUACAAAUACGCACCAUCUCAGGAAGACUGGGGCGAAGCGCGUAAGAUGUGUGAGACCUUGGAAGAGUUUCAUCAGUACAUGGACACAAGUCAGAGUCUUCGUGGUCCAGUCCACUUAUUUGAUGCAAUUAGGGAUGUGAAGCGUGAUUUGCGCCGCGGAGUUAAGAGCGAUGCGGAUGGAUCAUUUUCCAAUAUGCUAAAGAAGAUGCAGCAGAAGUUCAAGCAAUAUUGGAAACUCUGUUGCUUACAUUUAUGUAUGACUAUAGCCAUGGAUCCUUCAUACGGCCUGAAACACAUCAAGUCUAGGAGCGGUUACCUCUGUAAAAAUGACAAAGAUGGCUAUAAAAAGGAUGUCCAUGAUACAUUGCUAAGUCUCUUCUAUGAAUAUUCUGGUCAGGUGGAAGACGCCAGCUGCACUUCUGGGUCUAAAACUAGCAAGGAAACUGUUAUCACUGAAGAUGGUAUGAAUGAAGAUGAUGCACCAUUUGCAUGCUGUGGCGAUUAUGGAGACAAAUGUAAUAAAGGGCGGCCGAUGAUAGAACUUGACCAGUACUUGCAUGAGCCAAGCUACUGUAGAGGCCAGACGAGUGUUCUUCAGUGGUGGAAGGAACAUAACCUGACCUAUCCUACAAUUGCUCGAAUGGCACGUGAUAUAUUGGCUAUGCCGUACAGAUGCGACUACGAGGUAGCAACAAGGACUGCCGGACUUGCAAUUUGCGAGUCAGGUCAUAAGCACUGGGUUGAGCAGCUUGUCUGUACUCAAAAUUGGCUCGGACCAGACCGUACGUUCCACUCUCUCGCUUUUCUCAUCGAUAUCCUGUCACAUUCUCGUAUUAACCAUACAUUGUGCAACCCUAGGUUCUGCAAGCAAGGCCUCAGCCAAUGA